AUGCGAAGAGAAAGGAGUAUUAGGAUUCGUGGGCAAUCGUUGUUGGUAGAGGGGCAUAAUGGAGAGGAUGAUAGGUUGGGGAGAGUGACGUGGUUACCGGUUCAAGAAAUAAUGAAGGGUUGGGUCAAUAAUGAAGAAAUUGACCGGUUAAAGAACGAGAGGAUAGAUGACAGACAUUUGGAUGUAUACCGUGGACGUCAAGAUAUGCCAAGGCCGUUCAACAGUGGGGGACAGAGAGGUCGGAAUGGUAGAUGUUAUAAAUGUGGGGAGAUGGGUCAUAUUGCGGUGAAUUGUAGAGAUGUCAAAUGUUUUGCGUGUGGGGAGAUGGGACAUAUUUCGACAUAUUGUCCGGGCAGAGCAGAGAGAAUACGUUGCACGGGUUGUGGAAGAUUUGGACAUGUGUUAAAGGAUUGCCGAGUGGGAAAGGUGGAAACAAGGGCAGGUUUUCCACAGAGAGGAGAGUCGUCGGGGGUCGUGAAUAUGAGGAGUAUGACGGAGAUAGUUGGAAAAGAAGGAAAGGAUAUUGGAGAGGAGAUGACGUGUUUCAAGUGCCGAGAAAGGGGACAUUGGGCCAGAGAUUGUAAUAAAGAUUGA